AUGCCGACGAAACUCCAACAUGAACUUGCUGAUUCAACGGGCGCAGAGCGACUGGACGGCAAGGUUAUAGAAGGAGAAUUUAAUGUACCAGAGCGACCAGACGGCGAGUUUGUGAAAGGUGAUUUCGAUUUACCGGGCGGAGAACGUUUUCUGACAGGUGACUCUCUUCGGCGUUUUAUCAAUGGCCGCCUAUCACCACCAGCGGUUCUGGACUUCGAGGGUCUACGGGUCACUGCAUAG